GUUACUAUACGACAGCGACGAGCUCUGUUGCGGUUGUUGUUUAUCGACUCCUUCCACAGACCACUGUAAACGCUUGAACGUCAAUCACGUACGUUUUUAUGAAAAAACUCGUCGUUUCUAAUUUUUUUACUAGAAGUACAUUAUAGAGAAGUUUUAGUGAAGUUACUUUUAAGAGCUAAGAAUAAUUUGAUUGGUUUGAUUCUUCGAAGUACAACGUCUCAUUUGGUAAGGUGAUAAAUAUCAAUAAUAGAAUGUCUCACACUGUGACAGUUACAAGAACUACAACGUCUACGACAUCGGCAAUUAUUUUGAAUACUGGUUAUGUAAAAUCUGCACCUGGCCUUUUAAAAUUGAUCGAAGUUAUUCUCGGAGGAAUUAUCUUAUUUAUGCUUUUUAUUAAAAGAAAUGAAUUAUGCAGAUGUUGGAUCUUUGACUACAAUACUCCAUACUUUUUUUUCUCUUCUAUAGUUGCUACAUUUUGCAUAACAAGUCUAAUAUUGUUGAUUUCAUGUUUACUAUCUAUUUCAACUGGACCUAUUAUAUCAAAAACAAACUUUGAAUUCAUUUAUCAUGGAACUGGAUUUGUACUUCUAUUGAUUGUAGCUAUAUAUUUAUUUGCUGAACAAAAUGAAAAAAAGAUUGAAAAUCUUUUCCUUUCAUCAUCAAUUAUAGCGAUGAUUAUGUCUGCACUGUAUUUAUUAAGCGCAAUUUGGGGAUACCGAUCAUACAAAGGCCCAUAAUACAUUUUUUAUGACAAAAAUGAUUGAAUAAUCAUUCACAAUAUAGCAAUGAAAAAUCAACUCGCACUUUGCUGCCACAUAUUGUAGCUUAAUAUAAUUAAAAAUAAUUGCUAAAAAUUUUAUUUUUUGAAAUUUCAAAUCUUAAUUAUAUUUUAAAACGUUCCUCUUCUGUGCGAUGAAAUUGAAGUAUUAACAUAUUCGGUUAAGUUAAUAAAUAAUCUUUUCUUAAUGAUUUUUUAAUAUUAUUUACGUAUUUAUAUAAUUAUUUAAUGUUAUAUUGUUUGUAUUUAUUUGUUGUCUUCUUGAUACUAUCAUGUUGUAAGGAAUUUAUGUCUUCGAUCAUAUAUACUGGAUUGAUAAAUAGCAUAAUAGAAUAGUAUAAUAUCAGCAAAUGUAAUGCAAAAAUAAGCCAUAGUAUUUUUUAAUACUAAUUGAAUAGUUAAUAAGUCAUAAAUUUUUUUUUUAUAUUUCAAUUAAAUAUAAACUUUUAAUUGGCGUCUCCAUCAGCAUAGAUUCUCAUAUAUAUUCUAGGUAUCCUAUGCACAUAUUAUCCAAUGUAUAUGAUCUAAGGUUUUAAAUUUUUACCUGGUUUUGCGUACCAAAUUAUUUUUGCAUUUGAAUAUAUUAAUAUUCACAAUUAUAUUCUUUAAGUGAUUUCGCUGUGCCUUGAGAUUUCUAAAUUAAUAUUGUAUUUAAUUUUUAGAAAUAUAUUUUGUAUAAGAGUUAAGAAUCAUAUAUGUGAGCUUUACUUUUGUACUGAUUGUACAACGUAAAAUAAAUAAAAAAUGUUGAUAAUUUAUUUGUGAGAGCUUAACACAACUAUAACAAGCUUUAGUUUUUUAAAUGAUUGAAGUUAAAUAAUUAUUAAUUAAGUUUAAGUAAUUGUUUUAUUUAUCAUUUAUGUGUGUUGUCUUUUUACAUUUGUUCAGAUGUAACGCAUUUAAUAUAUUAUAAUUUCAAUUUCAGUCGCAUUUAUUUUUAAGUAUAAACAUUUAUUAAAAUAGAGUAAAAUAUUA